CACAACUGGCUGUGGGGGAAUGGUCAACAGUGAGAGCUGGCUUCUUUUGGAUCCCUGCACAUCGCGCCGCCCAACAAUCAAUCCGCGCAGCAGAAGUGGAGCGCCUGUGAUUAAAUAGUUUGGAUUCGCCCUUCAGAUUGACAUGGCGGCAAUGAUGCCCAGCUCAGUCACAUCGGGCGGCGCAUACGACAACGACGCCGUCGAGCGCGACCUCAUCGACCCCGACGACGCUACACUAGAAGACUUCGAUGACCCUCUCCAGUCGACAUCGGACCGCGCGCCGCUCACAGGCAACAUCUCGUCACGAUCGGGCGGUGGGAACACGCAAUCCUACCUGACGUCGACCAUCGGAGGAGAGGACCGGCGUGCACCCACCAACACCAUUGACGAGACGGUAUGGCAGACGCUAUCACGGGACCUGCUCGCCAUCUGGGAGAAGAUGAAGCAGGUGCUCUACCCCAAGUACCUGCUGGGUGGCAUGAUGCAGCGCGGCGGAGGCAUAGGAGCAGCUGAGCGUGGAGAGGCAGAUGGCUUCGGCGGCGGGCUCAGGAGCCUCGCAGGCCGGUGGCCCGACGCAGACGUUAUCCUCCAAGGAGGCAUGAGCGAGGGACUGCGCGACUGGGACCUCUGGGGCCCGUUAAUCUUCUGCCUGCUCCUGAGUCUCUUCCUCUCCCGAGGCGCCAAGGAUUCCCAGAAAGACCUUGUGUUCUCCGGCAUCUUCGCCAUGGUGUGGAUAGGGGAAGCGGUCGUGACGCUGCAGAUCAAGUUGCUUGGUGGUAACAUUGCCUUCUUCCAAUCCGUCUCCAUCAUCGGUUAUACCCUUUUCCCUCUUGUCAUUGCUUCUCUGUUGAGCGCCGUCCGACUCCCGCUGAUCCCUCGAAUACCCGUAUACAUUGUGCUCGUGGCAUGGUCUUUGGCCGCAGGUAUCAGCAUCAUGGGCGGCUCAGGCGUUGUGCGGAACCGCGUCGGAAUCGCCGUGUAUCCGCUAUUGGUCUUCUAUAUUGCGCUGGGCUGCAUUUGCUUCAUCAGCUAGACCAGUGCUGUUGUUCUGGGGGUACCAUGAUUCGGCGUUUGGGAGAUGUCACUACACAGGCGUUCGGUAUCAAUAUUGGGUUAUCGCUUUGGCAUGUUUCUUCUAUUAUCAUGAUACUCCAGCCUGGUUUUAGAGGACUUGGGCACCAGGCCACCCGCCUCAUUAAUGCAAGGUCUUUCAGCGCCUGCGCCUAGUUAUGUACACAGUAGGCAUACAGUUCCAAGAAUUAUAUCAGAC